AUGAAGCAAAGGUUUUCCUCCCUCGACGUCAAGGUUAUUGCUCACGAGCUAAACCAGAGCUUGACCUCGCUCCGAGUCGCAAAUAUCUACGACCUUUCGACAAAAAUAUUACUCUUCAAAUUCGCAAAGCCAGACACGAAGAAGCAGCUGCUCAUAGACAUUGGCUUCCGCUGCCACACGACCGAAUUCGCCCGCGCCACAGCUGGAACCCCGUCCGCCUUUGUUUCUCGACUGCGCAAGACCCUCAAGACACGACGUCUUACUUUAGUAUCGCAGAUAGGCACUGACCGCAUUCUUGAAUUCCAAUUCAGCGAUGGCCAGUACAGGCUAUAUCUCGAGUUUUUUGCUAGCGGAAACGUAAUCCUGACCGAUGCCGAUCUCAAGAUACUUGCUCUAUCCAGAAACGUGUCUGAAGGAGAAGGCCAAGAACCACAGAAAGUUGGAUUGCAGUAUUCUCUGGAAAGCAGACAGAAUUUUCUCGGAAUACCUGAUCUUUCGGAAGACAGAGUUCGAACCGCACUGGCAGCGGCCGUUGAAAAGGCAUCGACCGCAAAAGUUCCCAUCUCGAAACCGAGCUCUAAACAAACAGAUGUACUUCGAAAGUGCUUGGCUGUGUCAAUCACCGAAUUACCUCCAAUAUUGGUUGAUCAUAUACUUCAGGUAAAUGAUUUCGAUACCUCCCACAAGCUGGAAGUGAUUCUGGAAGACGCCAGCCUCCUCAAAGAUUUAACAGAAAGUCUGCGCAAAGCAAGAGAGCUUGUUGACUCUAUCACGUCGUCUCCAACGUGUGCCGGCUUUAUAUUCGCAAAGAAGCCGACUCAGGAGCAGAACUUGCAAAGCCAAGACGCUGCCAGCAAAGCAAGGCUGGGCCUGCUUUACGAUGAUUUUCAUCCCUUCGUACCGGCAAAAUUUGAAAAGAACAAUGACAUUGAGGUUCUUCAGUUUGACGGCUAUAAUCAAACCGUCGACGAAUUUUUCUCAUCGCUUGAAGGUCAAAGGCUAGAAAGCCGCCUAGUGGAAAGAGAAGCAGCUGCUCAAAGAAAACUCGACGCGGCUAAACAAGAGCAAGAAAAUAGGAUCAAGGGACUGCAAAGCUACCAGUCUGAUAACUUUCGAAAAGCAGCCGCCAUCGAGGCUAAUAUUGAGCGAGUCCAAGAGGCCAUGGAUUCGAUCAAUGGCCUGCUUGAUCAAGGAAUGGACUGGGUGGACAUUGGAAAGCUUGUUGAAAGAGAGCAAAAGAAAAACAAUGCGGUUGCAAAUUUGAUAUGCCUGCCCUUGAACCUGGCUGACAAUGUCAUAUCUGUUCGCUUGAGCGAAGAAGAUGAUGCUGAAAGCGAGGAGGAAGAUCCAUUCGAAACAGACGAUAGCGGUUCCGAAUCCGAAGACGAUGUAGAUGCUGCCAAGGGCGGACGGAAGAACUCAAACAAGACUGUUAUUGUUGAAGUAGUCCUCACGCUUAGUCCUUGGAGCAAUGCACGGGAAUACUACGAUCAACGAAAAACCGCGGUCGUCAAGGAAGAGAAGACUCAACUGCAGGCUGACAGAGCCAUCAAGAGCACCGAGCAGAAGAUCAAACACGAUUUGAAGAAGGUUCUGAAGCAAGAAAAGGCACUACUGCAGCCCAUCCGAAAUCUCAUGUGGUUUGAGAAGUUUUAUUGGUUCAUUUCUUCUGAUGGCUACCUUGUCGUUGCUGCCAAGGAUAAGUCUCAGGCAGAAAUCUUGUAUCGACGGCAUUUGCGUAGCGGUGACGUCUUCUGCCACGCCGACGCGAACAAUGCCGCCGUCGCUAUUGUGAAAAAUAGUCUGAACACAGCUGACGCGCCAAUUCCACCGGCAACGCUAGCUCAGGCCGGUCAAUUAAGCGUUUGCUCCUCCGAUGCAUGGGAUUCAAAAGCUGGUAUUGGCGCUUGGUGGGUCAAGUCCAAUCAGGUUUCAAAGUCAACUUCUACGGGAGACAUACUACAACCCGGCAACUUCAAUAUCAGCGGAGAGAAGAACUUUCUGCCACCAGGGCAGCUGGUCCUCGGUCUCAGUGUCAUGUUCAAAAUUAGCGAGGAAAGCAAGGCCCAUCACAACAAGCAUCGUAUCCAGGAUGAGCCGGCAGCCGAUGCUGCUCCUGAGAGACAAACCAGCUCAAACUUUUCUCACGUUGACCCGAAAGCGACAGACGAUGGAGUCGAACGAGAGUCUUAUACUACGAUCGCUAGCGAGAAGUCUGAUGGCGAACAAGAUGAAAUCGAUCAUGAGGAUGACGACGAACAGCCCGCCAGAUCCAACCCUCUCCAGGGCCAGGAUCUUGGUUCGGAGACGCCGCAGCAUGACGAUCAUGGUGGCGACGAUGAUCAAGUACGAUCGACUAUAGCUUCCCUCAAUGUCAAUGAGGAGAGUGAUGACGAUGUUGAGGAACUGGACACUACCCAAUCAGAAGCGAACACGAUCGAAACUGGUACAGAAACGGGGAGCGUUGCCAAAUCUACAGCAAGGGGUGGUGUCCCACCCGAGUCCAAGAAGCCAAAGAGGGGCCAAAAAGGAAAGGCGAAGAAAAUCGCUGCCAAGUACAAAAACCAAGAUGAAGAGGAUCGUGCUGCCGCCGAGGUGCUGAUUGGUUCUGCUGCGGGCAAGCAGAAAGCUGAGGCUGAAGCCCAGGCAAAACUGAAGCGUGAGCAAGACAUGGAGCAGGCCAAAGCAAGACGUCGUGCACAACAUGAGAAGAAACAAAAAGAGGUAGCUCAACAUGAAGAGAAGAGACGUGCGAUUCUCGACGGCGUGGAUCCCGAAGGAGACGACGAAGACGAGCUGCGAGCACCCAUCGAUUUAUUGGUUGGUACCCCGCGCCCUGGCGACGAAAUCGUGGAAGCCAUAACAUUCUGUGCUCCUUGGGCUGCUCUUGGCCGAUCCAAAUACAAAUUCAAGCUGCAGCCCGGCACCGUGAAAAAAGGCAAGGCAGUAAAGGAGCUGCUGGAGCGCUGGAGAGCAGAUGCAGGCAGGAAAGGCGCCGUGGACGAGAAGAGCACGGAUACAGAAAAGAUGUGGCCCAGAGAGGUAGAACUUAUAAAGUUCUUAAAGCCGGAGGAGAUUGUCAAUACAGUUCCUGCCGGCCGCGUUCGUUUGGUUGUCGUCGGCGCAAACUCUGGCUCUGGCAAGGGUCGUGGCUCAGGGGGGGGCAAAAAUCAAGUCAAGGGAGGUAAAAAGGGCAAAUAA